CAUUACAAAGCACAAUCAUGGGCAAGUCUAUUACCACUCAGCAAGAGUUUUCCAAGCUGGAGCAGAGGUUGAUCCAGACGGCGGAUGAUGCAACCAAUUGCCUUAAAGUCCUCAAAGGCAACCUCAGCGAGUUCGACAGUCGUCACAAGCUGUUCUUCGUCAACACCUCCAAAUUUUACCUGAGGAGUGACAUCCGAGCGGCAAAGGACAGGGCGUCGGAGCUACGAGCCGCGGCUAACCAGAUCGCUGAAUGUGAGGCACCGUCAGAGUCGGAGAUCACUGCUUCUCGCAGUGCAAUGCAUGCAACGGCCGAUGCCUUGAAUGAGUUGGCGAGAUCGGCUCGCACCUACGACAAGAAGAAUCUCAAGUCCAAAGGCAUUACAGGCGUCGUGACCACCUUGUGUGGUGGCAAGAAGCAAGCGAAGAAAGAGACCAAGACGAGCAAGGGCAAAGAUCCUGCUGGAAUGGACAACAACAGAGUGGGGUCGGAGGGCAUUCUUCGAGCUCCGGACACAGUAGAAGAAGUGGUGACAACGACUUUAAGCGACUGCUUCAGCGGGUUCCGGGAGUUGCAACAUCAGAUUGCAACUUCGGAGAAAUCGCUGUCGCCUCUGUUUGCAGAUAGUACCAAUCCCGCAGUCUAGUUGAAGUGCGACCAGAUUUGCAGCUCGACAGUGUGUCAAACUUUACAAUAAGCUUUAUAUUAGCCUUUUCACACAGUAGGAUACAUAGUAAUAUGCAAUAAACG